AUGUCAUCUAUCUUGGUCGUGGGAGCUGGUGAGCUCGGGAACUCUGUCCUUCGAGCACUAGCUCUCUCCCCCAAGCGCCCACAAACAACUCAGAUCACAGUUCUGCUACGACCUGAGACCCUUAGCUCCCCGUCUCCAGCAAAGAAACAAAACAUCGACGAAAUCCAAUCCCUCAGAGUCAGGAUUCAGAGCGGCGACUUUAUCGCAGCAAGCGUCUCUGAGCUCGCCACCAUCUUCCAGCCCUAUGGCAUCGUCAUCCAAUGCGCUGGGUACGGCAUGCCCAAAGGCACUCAGGUGAAAGUCAUCCAGGCGGCGCUUCAGGCCAAGGUGCCUCGCUUCUUUCCGUGGCAAUUUGGGCUUGACUUCGAUCAGAUUCCGGAGGCCAGUUACGGGGGGAUGUUCGACGACAACAAGCUUGUUAGGAAGAUGUUGCGUGAACAGCAUGACAUUGAUUGGACCGUCAUUUCAACCGGACUGUUCAUGUCGUACUUGUUCCUCCCGUCGUUCGGCGUUGUCGAUGCCAAGAAGAGAGUGGUAAGGGCUUUGGGAAGUUUGGAGAACAAAACCACCAUCACUCUACCCGAGGAUAUCGGCAAGAUGGUCGCUGAGGUGGUGUAUGCCCCUUCGAAGGGAGAUUCGGACCACAUGGUAUACUUGAGUGGAGACACCAUCACAUACAGCAGGCUUGCUGACCUGGUCGAAAAGCAUUUCAACGCCAAAUUCACGAGGGAGCUGUGGGCGAUCCCAAAGCUGAUAGAUGAUCUAGAAGAGGAUCCUGGCAAUCUCUGGAAAAAGUAUCGGGUGUUUGCUACUGGGCAUGGUGUCUUUUGGGGGAAAGAAGCAAGCUUCAACGUCAAGAGGAAAAUUCCCCUGACCAGUGUCCCGGACAGCCUUGAGCGCAAUGGAGAAAUGAUUGAGGAUUUGGAGUAG